AAAUAACUAAACUCGUGUGACUUGUCCGUUUAUAAAUUUAUAAUUGCGUAGUAUACUUAGGACUUUGAUAUAUAAUAUUACAGUAUCAUUGAAAAUGAAAACCAAUAACAAGAAGAAAACUAAAAAACAAAAAUCUAAGAAUAGGCCAAUUGUAAAGAAUAAAAAAGAACGUAUUCUUGUCAUAGCGCAGGAAUUCAAAUUCGCGAAAUUACUAUCAUCUAAUGAGAAGAAAACACGAGAUCGUGUAUUGAAAGCAUUAAAGAAAUGGUUACUUAAUUGCUUUGAGAAAGGAUACGAGUUCAAAGAAGAUGACUUUUUCAGAGUGUGGAAAGGUUUGUUCUAUGCUGUAUGGAUGUCAGACAAACCGUUAAUACAGGAAGAACUAUGUGAAAACAUAGCUGGCAUAUUAGAUCAGUUCCCUCCGGAGCAGAUAAAGAAUGCAGCUCUCAUGACAAAGGCAGGCUUCAAAAUGUUGGCUACAGGGUGGUAUGGAAUUGACCAACAUAGAAUUGAUAAAUUUAUGAUGCUGGUACGUAGAUACUUGCGUGGUAGUUUACGAUGUCUGUUACGCUGCAAGUGGAGCUUAGAGAGUUGCAACAUUUAUACUGAAAUGUUAACGGCAGAGGAUGGUUUAUUAGCAGUGAAAACACCAACAUAUGCUCGGAAUGCUUUAUCUCUAAUAUUGCAUUUCAUUGAUUGCUUCCUUGAAGAGUUGGCUAAAAUAUCACAAGGCAAGAUUCCUGAUGAAAGUAUAGUAUGCCUGUUGCGGCCAUUUUGUUUGCUGGUGUGCGGAGGUGAGGGUGCAGCAGUGAAUGCUGCGCGGUCGCUGCUCAACGCACUCCUGUACCAGUCAGACUUCGGCCUGCAGUAUGCUGCUAAGAAACAAGCCUGGCAAAAGAUGGGAUGUCCCCCGGGCGGACCAGACGCGUUGGAAAUGGUGAUUGAAGAUGGUGAUGAAGAAAAUGAUGAGAAUGACGAAGAUGAUAAUAAAACUGAAUCUGGUCCAGUUUUAGACCCUCGGGCGGGCAAAGUGAAUGUGGAGCUGGCACAGCUGCCGGUGCCGAGCGCGCUGCUGGCGGAGGAGCUGCGCCGGCUGGCGGACACUGUCUCCCGCACACACAAAGCGUGCAAACGCGCCAAAGCCUGCAUAGAAAGUUUCGUACAACUGAGCAACAACGUGUACCCGCUGCGCAUCAAAAAUACAGACUUCCUGGCAGACCUGGAGGAGGCAGCAUUACCCAAGCCUUUGGAAGCAGCUAAACAACUUAAGGACUUGGAGAAAAGACUCGCUACUUCCGCCGAUGAACUGGCAUUGAGAGGUUUAAGUCGCAAACAUCGCAAACGUCUUUUAGCGAAAAGUCGCGCUGGACUAAGUAUAGUUGAGGAUGUUGUCAAACCUGACGAAGUGCCAGCUGAAUCUACUAAUGGAGAUUGGAAUAUUGAAGAAACAAAGUCUGAUGACAAACAAAAGAAAGAAAAUGAUACAUCCAAUAAAAAACCAGCAAACAAAAAGAGGCCAAACAAGAAACGUAAACUUGAAGAGAAAACAACUAAAGUGGAAAAUGUUAAGAAAGUAAAAACUGAUAAGAAAGAACAAACACAAAAACAUUCUGAAAUAAAAAUGGCUACAGCAAAAAUGAACGGUGAUUCUAAACCGAAGCAAAAACUAAAAAAAGAUAAUAUUAAGAAAAUGGAAGUAGAUAAAGACAAAGAGAAAGGUAAAGACAAGACUCAAGUAGCUGCAUCUAAGAAAAAAGAUAAUUUAGUUAAUAAGGAAAAUAGUAAAAAUAAUGCAAAAACAAUAAGUGAAAAGAAAAAUACAGAAACGCAAAAAGUCAAAGAAAAACCUUCACAAAAACCUAUGAAAGCAACUCUAGUAGUUAAUAAAGUGAAAAAUAACAAAAAUAAAAUAUCACCGAAAACUUCAAAAUCAAUAAAUGCAAAAUUAUCUUUAAAUACACCGAAGAAAGUUAAAUUUGUUUUAAAAAAUAAUGGAGCUCAAGCUCCGGUGGAUUAUUACAAAAGUGUUAGACAGAGUCCGAACAUACCUUUUGACAGCAGCAAGCAACCAACAAAAACUAACCUCAAACCUUCAACACCGUCACCAAUCAAUCCAUUCUUUAAAAAGAAAUUGAGAUUAGCAAAAAUGUGAAACUAACCUAAAGACAAUAUUUGCUUUCAGAUAAAACAAAUCAAUGAAAUCUUUUAUAAAAAUAAAACUAGACGAUAUUAUGAUUAACUUCCUACAUUUCCGCGGACAGUGAUUUUAUAAUUUCAAGUUUUUGCAUAUUAAUGACAAAACAAUUGUUUCGUAGAGAAAAUUACAUUUUUUCUCGU